CAAAAGUGCCAAAAGCCUGAAGACACAUUUGAACUGAACCACCUCGAAAAUUGUUAAAAGCUGCUGCAUCUUCAACUUCAACCCAGUGAACUAAAAACCCCAGAUGAGAAAAACCCUGAAAAAACCCCUUUGUUCCAUUUCUGCAACUUCCAAAUCCAACAACAGUACCCUCACCAAUGGCACAAACCAAUUUUUCUUCUUCAAACUACCAAUCCCUCAAUCAAAUACGUCCCAGUUCCAAACAAGUCGAUGUCAUUCAGACCCAUUUUAUUCAAAUUUUCCACUUUCCCAGGUACCCAAAUCAAAAAAAUCAAAUCUUUACUCAAAUUUCACUUCAAAACCCAAAAGGUUAUUUUCUACUUUUAACAUCCCACCUCCAGAAUGGGUAAAUCCAUUCAUUGACGUUUCUGAUUUAGUUACAGACCCUAAAGAUCUCAAAAUAUCACCAUGGGUCCCACAAAUUUUGAAUCUUUUGGACAAUUCAUACUCAAUGGAGCAGAAUUUAGAUGCUUAUUGUUGUAAAUUUUUGAUCAAAUUAUCUCCUAGUUUUGUUGCAUAUGUGUUGAAGUCAGGUGACCUUGCUGGUAAGCCUGAUAUCGUGUUUCGUUUCUUUUAUUGGGCUGGUAAGCAAAAAGGGUAUGCUCAUAAUGUUGAAUGCUAUGCGUUUUUAAUUCAGAUUUUAUCUGCUUCGCGCGAAUUGGAUAGAAUUAAGCACGUGUUUAGUGAAUUUAAGCAUAAAGGUAGUGGUUUGUUGAUGAAUGUGGGGUCAGUUAAUUUGUUGAUUAGGAGUUUCGGAGAACUUGGGAUGGUUGAAGAAUUGUUAUUUGUGUGGCGUCAAAUGAAAGAAAGUGGUAUUGAGCCUAGUUUGUAUACCUAUAACUUUUUGAUGAAUGGAUUGGUUAAUUCCAUGUUUAUUGAAUCGGCUGAACCCGUUUUUGAGGUUAUGGAAGGCGGGAAAGUUAAUCCGGAUAUUGUUACGUAUAAUACUAUGAUUAAAGGGUAUUGUAGAUCAGGGAAGCUUCAAAAGGCAAUGGAGAAAUUUAGAGAUAUGGAGGUUAGAAAAGUGGAAGCUGACAAGAUUACGUACAUGACUCUGAUGCAAGCGUGUUACUCAGAGGAAGAUUUUGAUUCUUGUUUGGGACUUUAUCACGAAAUGGAGGAAAAGGACUUGGAUAUUCCACCACACGCUUAUACAUUAGUGAUUGGAGGGUUUUGUAAAACUGGGAAGGUUUUGGAAGGGUUUACUGUUUUCGAGAAUAUGAUCAAGAAGGGUUUUAAACCUAAUCUGUCGAUUUAUACUUCUUUGAUUGAUUCAUACAUGAAACUUGGAAACUUGGAUGAGGCGAUGAGGCUUUUCGACAGAAUGAAGAAUGAAGGAUUUGAACCAGAUGAGGUAACAUUUGGGGUUAUUGUAAAUGGUUUAUGCAAGAGUGGGAGGUUGGACGAGGCAAUGCAGUGGCUCGAGUACUGUCAAAAUAACAAUGUAGCUAUCAACGCCAUGUUUUAUUCAAGUCUUAUUGAUGGUCUAGGAAAGGCAGGGAGAGUUGACGAGGCCAGAGAACUCUUUGAGGAGAUGGCCGAGAAGGGAUGUACGCGUGACUCUUAUUGUUAUAAUGCACUUAUCGAUGCCUUGGCCAAAACUGGGAAAAUUGAUGAAGCUUUGGUUCUUUUUAAGAGAAUGGAAGAUGAAGGUUGUGAUCAAACAGUUUAUACAUAUACCAUAUUGAUCAGUGGCUUGUUUAAAGAGCAUCAAAAUGAAGAGGCAUUGAAAUUGUGGCAUAUGAUGAUUGAUAAGGGUAUAACUCCAAAUGCCGCUUCUUUUCGAGCCCUUUCAACUGGGCUUUGUCUUUCUGGAAAGGUGGCAAGAGCGUGUAAGAUAUUGGAUGAGCUGGCACCAAUGGGUGUUAUCCUUGAGACAGCUUUUGAAGAUAUGAUUAAUGUUCUGUGCAAGGUAGGUCGUAUAAAACAGGCUUGCAAAUUAGCUGAUGGGAUUGUGGAUAGAGGUCGAGAAAUUCCUGGAAAAGUUCGCACUGUCUUGAUUAAUGCCUUGAGAAAGACAGGGAAUGCUGAUAUGGCACUGAAGCUGAUGCAUAGUAAGAUUGGCAUUGGAUACGACAGGCAGGGUAGUAUCAAAAGGAGAGUAAAGUUCCGAGUACUGGUGGAAAGCUGAGGCUAAAGCUGGAUAGCGGGGUUACUAUUGGGACAUUCAAGAAUGUUAUUGUGCUACUAUCAUGGUUGGUUACAAAAUUAGAAAGGAGCGUGUUGGUGAUGCAAUGAUGGUUAUUACGUUCCUGUUUGGUUAAUGUAAAACAAAAUCAAUGAUGUGAUCAAAUAAGCAAUGAACAUGCCAUUUGGCUAAGCUAUGCAUAUCUGCCACUUUAUGGAGUUCUAACAAGCAAAUAAAGAGCAGUUCUUGCCAUCAACUAAAAUAUGGCACCCUCAGGCAACUUAUCUUGUAUUAUCAUAAAAAGAGGUAAUAUUGGGGAAUUUGCAGCCAUACUCUAUAUUUGUACCACCUUUUAACAUGUACCCUAUUUUUACAAAUUAAUGAACUGGUAGCCAAUUAGUAAAAAAUAAGUAAUAUUAUGACAAUAAUAUCACUGACCAACGGUAUAAAACCUGCAUAAGCCAGUAGAUCCGCUUGCAUUACCCUCAUAUAUCACUACAUCUUCUUGCAAAAAAAAAAAGGAAAAAAGUAUUAAAUAAUAGUGACUAAAUUUUGAAAAUACUACAAAGCAACUUCACACAUUUCUAUGAGCCAACAAGUGUAAAAAUAUGCAUUUAAUCUUUUUCAUAUAUAGCCGAAUGAGCUCACGAAUUUAUUUUUCGGCUGCCUAAAGUCUUUCUGAAUAAUCAUGAAAAAAGGCAAAAAAGAAAAGAAGUAUGUAAAAUUUCAAACUGAAAAUAACAACUUGGAUCAAAUGUAAUACGUUCGUGAUGUGUAGAAUACCUUGAUGUUUGCCUUCCUCUGUGCUAUCAUUGGACUGCAUACCUUUCUCUAUCUCAGCAGCUUCAGCUUCAUUCAAUGGUGCAGCAUCGCUCGGGAGCUUUGGAGUAUUUUGCAGAAGGAUUUUUUCGACUCUAGCUUCAUGCAGUGCAACAUCAAUUUUUGACUCUUAUCAAUUGAAGCGCCACUGUUUUCGACUUCUACUGCAUAUUGAUUGAGAAAAGAAAUCAAUGACUCAAAACUUACAGUGGAAGUAAAAAACAAUGGCGCUUCAAUUGAUAAGAGUCAAAAACACCCCAACGAUGUUGCAUGAAGCUCGACUUGAAAAAUCCUUCUGCAAAAUACUCCAAAGCUCCCCGGCUAUGCUGCACCAUUGAAUGAAGUUGCUGAGAUAGAGAAAGGUAUGCAGUCCGGCUAGCACAGAGGAAAGCAAACGUCGAGAUGUAGUGAUAUCUGAGGGGAAUGCAAGCGGAUCCAUUAGUAUGCAAACGCCAUCUGCAUCACAACACUUAGACCAGAUCUCAUCUGAUGGAUCGCAACUCCUUCCAAAUCCUAAGAGAAAGAAGCUAUCAAGUUUUGCUUGACAAUAGUUAUAUCCCAACUUCAAUUAUGUUCAUUUUCACUUGGUAGUAUACAAGAGAUUAUUUCAGAAGGCAAUUCUGCUGCUGCUGCUGUUGGUGAAGUGAGACAAGAAGAUUAUAAACAACAGGGAGUUUGAGAAAGAUCUAUUCUUAUGGCUGUGGGUUUUGCAGCUCCUGCCGAACCACGACAGUUAGUUGAGGCUGAGCAGCAAGCAGAAGGAAAAGCAGCUAAACUAGGGAAAAGGAAUCGCAUAGCUAGUAUUUGGUUGAAAUUUCCUUGUGUGAUUCAUAGCAGCAGGACAGUGGGAGUGAAAAGAAGAACGUGUCCAUGCUGUCCUUGUCCAAUUGCUGUAUGUUAAGUUUGAGUACAUGAGAUGAGUAUCAAAGAGAAAUUCGCACUUGGAGCUACUCACUCUUAGGAGCUGCUUUUCAAUUAAACACAUACAUAUCUUUGUCAAGGAAGAUGCUAUCUUUUAUUGGCUUUGUGAAUUUAACUUUGUAUUAGGAUCACAGAAUGAAAGAUAUGGUAUCUGAAUUUUCGAAAGUGGAGGAAGCCAAACCAUAUGUCUUGAAAGGGCAUAUAUCUUUUUUAGAUUCUGCUGGGGCAUUGAAAUCUUGCUGCACGAUAAUUUAGAAGUCUUACCUCCAAAUAUAAUGUACAAUAUAUGGGGAGAUUUUUUCCCUUUUUAGAUCGAUAUUAUUACCUGAUGUUUUCUUUGCUUC